AUGGCCUCGACGUUCAAACGCUCCGAGCUCCCCUACUAUGCUCCGGCCAAUACACUCCCCGCGCCGCUCCCCACGGUAGAGGAGAUCUUGGCCGCGACCGAGUUUGCGGGGCCGAAAAUGAGGUACGAGACGCGGAAAAUACCCGUGCUCAAGGGGUGCUAUGCGGUCAAGUACGGGCGGGACGUCACGCUCCAGGAGGGCGAAAACAUGCUGUUUAUCGAGCGCUACACCAACGUGCCCAUCCCCGCGGAGUACAUCCGUGGCCGGUUGCUACACUCGGCGUGGGGGAAACUUGCCUCCAAGGAGAAGCAGGCCAUUGCCUCGCAGCUCCGGCGUGAUAUGGAUGAAGUCCGUAACCUUCCUUCGCCGGGCUAUUAUGGUGGUAUCUGGCGGCAGCAAAACCGAGACCCGUGUGUAAUAUCCUCACGCAUUCUCUCCUUUUCUUUUCUCAUCCAACAUCCCGAGCCGAAUCUCGUCAAACCCAUGGCCACUGAGCAGGAAUGGGCCGAUACCAUGGCCAGUUGUGUCCGGGCCAGUGUCAAAAACCUCCCCGACAACUGGAACGAGCGCCGGCUGGCGAUUCUACGGCAACACUACCGUCGCGUCUUUUCCGGCCACCCUCCCGUCUUUAACCACGGCGAUUUCUCCCCAGGCAAUAUCAUCCUGCGCGAGGAUGGCAAGGGCGCCGUCAUCAUCGACUGGCAGUAG